AUGUGUUCUUUCUUCUUGUGCCAAACAGGUAAACAGGCAAAAGUAUCAAUGGGAGAAGAAAACCAAACCUUUGUGUCCAACUUUAUCUUCCUGGGCCUUUCACAGGACUUGCAGACCCAGAUCCUGCUAUUUAUCCUUUUCUUCAUCAUUCAUCUGCUGACUGUGCUUGGAAACCUGCUCAUCAUCACUCUCCUCUUCCUGGAUUCUCACCUUCACACUCCCAUGUGUUUUUUUCUUAGAAAUCUUUCCUUUGCAGAUCUCUGUUUCUCUACUAGCAUUGUCCCUCAAGUGUUGGUUCACUUCCUGGUAAAGAGGAAAACCAUUUCUUUUUAUGGGUAUAUGACACAGAUAAUUGUCUUUCUUCUGGUCGGGUGUACAGAGUGUGCACUGCUGGCCGUGAUGUCCUAUGACCGGUAUGUGGCUGUCUGCAAGCCCUUGCGCUACUCCACCAUCAUGACCCAACGGGUGUGUCCCUGGCUGUCCUUUGGGUCCUGGGCCAGUGGGGCACUAGUGUCUUUAGUAGAUACCAGCUUUACUUUCCAUCUUCCCUACUGGGGACAGAAUAUAAUCAAUCACUACUUUUGCGAACCUCCUGCCCUCCUGAAGCUGGCUUCCGCAGACACUUACAACACAGCAAUGGCCAUCUUUUCAAUGGGCGUGGUAAUUCUCCUGGCCCCUGUCUCCCUGAUUCUUGUUUCUCAUUGGAAUAUUAUCUCCACUGUUAUCCAGAUGCAGUCUGGGGAAGGAAGGCUGAAGGCUUUUUCCACCUGUGGCUCCCAUCUUAUUGUUGUUGUCCUCUUUCGUGGGUCAGGAAUAUUCACCUACAUGCGACCAAACUCCAAGACUGCAAAAGAACGGGAUAAAAUGGUAUCUGUGUUCUAUACAGUGGUGACUCCAAUGUUGAACCCCAUAAUUUAUAGCCUGAGGAACAAAGAUGUCAAAGGGGCUCUCAGGAAACUAGCUGAGAGAAAGUCCUUCUCUCAUAGGCAGUAA